AGCCUGGCCAGAAGAAUUCGCUCGAACAAGAAAAUGCUGCUAUUGGUGGGAGGCUUGCCGCCCGGGCCGGACCGCCUGCCCAGCAACCUGGUUCAGUACUACGACGACGAAAAGAAGACGUGGAAAAUUCUCACAAUCAUGCCCUACAACAGCGCCCACCACUGCGUCGUGGAGGUAGAGAACUUCCUGUUUGUGCUGGGCGGAGAGGACCAGUGGAACCCUAAUGGAAAACACAGUACGAAUUUUGUCAGUCGAUAUGAUCCCCGAUUUAACAGCUGGAUACAGCUUCCGCCGAUGCAGGAAAGAAGAGCCAGUUUCUACGCGUGUCGGUUGGACAAACAUUUAUACGUUAUUGGUGGAAGGAAUGAAACCGGCUAUUUGUCCAGCGUGGAGUGCUAUAACCUAGAAACAAACGAAUGGCGUUAUGUGUCCUCUUUGCCACAGCCUCUGGCAGCUCACGCAGGAGCCGUGCACAAUGGGAAAAUAUACAUUUCAGGGGGUGUGCACAACGGAGAGUAUGUCCCAUGGCUCUAUUGCUACGACCCCGUGAUGGAUGUCUGGGCUCGCAAACAAGAUAUGAACACAAAACGCGCCAUCCACACUUUGGCUGUAAUGAAUGAUCGCUUAUAUGCAAUUGGAGGAAAUCAUUUGAAAGGCUUCUCCCACCUUGAUGUCAUGCUCGUGGAAUGCUAUGACCCAAAAGGUGACCAGUGGAAUAUUCUGCAAACUCCCAUCCUGGAGGGUCGAAGCGGCCCUGGCUGUGCCGUGCUUGACGACAGCAUUUACCUCGUGGGAGGCUACAGCUGGAGCAUGGGGGCCUACAAGUCGUCCACAAUAUGCUACUGUCCGGAGAAAGGCAGCUGGACAGAGCUGGAGGGAGACGUGGCGGAGCCGCUGGCAGGGCCCGCCUGCGCCCCCGUCAUCCUGCCCGCCUGCGUCCCUUACAACAAAUGACGCCAGGAAGCCCUGGAGUGACGGUGUCCGCUCGAGGAAACAGCGGCAGGUGACAUCACUAUUACACUAGGGACGAUGCAUUCGAAUGGCUGCUGAUGCUGUACAAGCAACCGCAAAAGAAGAAGACCUGCUCUUGAGCAGAUACUGUGUCUGUGACUCGGAUCACAACCAACUCCCUGGUGGUGACAGACGCUUCCAUUUCAGACUGGUUGGAACUUGUCCCAGCUUGACAAAAACACCUCCCGAGGAUCUGAACUUUCAAAAGGAGACAGGAAACACACCGCCGAGCGCCCCAGAGAGACCUACGAUCAGUAUUGUGCGUUGUAGUCUACCUGCAUGUGGUCUUUGUUGAAGUUUUGGGGAUAUCGUGUUCAUGAAUGACUCAAAAUUGGACCCACUAAAAUAUGUACCCUGCAUUACAGGAAGUGCCACUUGAUUCUAUAUUCCUAACCUGCGGCUCCAUCACAGACUCCAUAGGCAACACGGUUGUAGAGAAUCACGGAAGGUUAAAGAGAAGCACUUCUGUUUCUAUAUAUCUUGAUUUCAUAGACCUUCUGCCCCUUCCAGCCUUGGGGGAUGAUAGAGGAGAACGAGGCUGGCUCUUGUAGCGAUUGCUUUUCGCCCCGGAGGCUCCAGGCUAGCCAAAGUCAUCAUUUCUGUGUCCUCAAUUUUGUCUGAAAGAUUAAAAGAAAAUACACUAUGUCACUCUUCGGUCCAUGGAGUCUUGCUCAUUUUUUUUGCAGAAUAUAAGCAAGUAGUGAAUACCUGGUAUUUGCUCCAAACGGUAGGAUUGGCAGGCAGUCAGACAAUAUUGUGUUUUCUGUUGGGUAACGUAUCUGACCCAAACUUCACCC